AUGUCCUCCCCAUCGCCCUCCGACAGCUCACGGCGCAAUUCCCCGCAACCAGCGGUAUCAUCCCCAGCUCUAGCGCAGAGACCCAGACUUACCAGAAGAAGCGACUCCAACGCAGCUGGAAAUACUGCAAUCCCAGAUGAAGACCAUGGAGUUGAUAUUCCUUUGACCAUGUCGGCCUCAGUCGUUUUGACUGGACUGCCGCAGGAUGCACAUCGGGCUUUGGCUGAUGCGGAAGCUAUUGAUGUGGGUAAAGUCACCGUCCGAUUUCAACCUCUGCCCUCGGCACCGAUAUUGAGAAAGACAGUCUUUAAGAUCUCUGCGUCCCAAAAGUUUGAGACUGUGGUCAACUUUCUAAGGAAGAAGCUGGAUUGUCAAGACACUGAUUCAGUCUUUUGUUAUAUCAACAACGUCUUUGCACCAUCCCUCGACGAAGGCAUUGGAGGUCUAUACAGGUGUUUCAAAAACGAAACGGAUGACCAGCUAUGGGUCCAAUACUCCAUGACUCCAUUCUUUGGUUGA